CUACCAACUGCUACCUUAGACUGGUGCCCGUGUUUACUCUCUACGUUCCAUAAGAGAGAAUGAUUCUCGAUAUACAGUCGGGUACCAGGCUACUGCUACCUUAGCUGACAAACAGUAACAAAAUGGCUGCCCUAGCGCACAGUAAGGCUUCUGGGUAAAGAAAUUCGGUACUUAACGGCGAAUAUUCUAAUAUACGGUCUUUUACGUAAGAGUAGCCUCCCCUUUUAGCUCUUCACAGUGCAGUGAGGAACACGUUCUUUUUAUUUCAAGAACUUUAACAAGUGAAAUAAAUUGACACAAUGGAACUGAGUGAGGCAGAAUGGCCAUACCUUUCCAGUCAGCUGGCAGCUAAGGAAGAAGAACUACCACUUAGAAAGUUACAGCUUGAGAAACCAGGUCGACUAAAACAGUUACAACUACAGGAGAUGAAACGUGUUACAAUGCUGGAUAAAAUGAAACAGCUAGACACUACUUACAAAGCAGCUGAGCAUGAGAGGAACAUUGUUUGCCAGAGUGUGUUCUCAUCACAGGACUUUGCAAAGGAAGAUACAAGUAUUGUUCGGCCAAACACAGUGCUCAAAGUAGAAAAAUUGAACAGUGGUCAAGAAGGACAUACAGAACAGAUGAACCCUGAGACUUUGGAAGGUCAAGCUUUCUUGGAUCAAACCAACCAGGCUGAGCAUGAGAGGAACAUUGUUUGCCAGAGUGUGUUCUCAUCACAGGACUUUGCUAAGGAAGAUACAAGUAUUGUUCGGCCAAACACAGUGCUCAAAGUAGAAAAAUUGAACAGUGGUCAAGAAGGACAUACAGAACAGAUGAACCCUGAGACUUUGGAAGGUCAAGCUUUCUUGGAUCAAACCAACCAGGUGACCAAAGAUAAAUAUGUAGGGGAUGAUCUGGCAGGAGGUGUGUGGAAAAUAUCACGGACUAGAGAUGAUAAUUUUGUUGUAGUUCAGCUGCGAAUACUGUUUGAUCCACCAUUUCUAUUGAUGUAGUCUUAUCAUUAUACACAGCAGUGUUUAAAAAUCCAUGAGAGAUAAGAAAGUAUUGUUUUUUAAUUAAGAAGUACCAUAAAGGAACUGUUGACUGUAAGUCUAGGCAUAUUGGAGUAACAGAUUUUAAGUGUAAUUCUUUGCUAAAUCAUUAGGUUAAUGGAACUAUGGAUUUUAUUGGACUCUGGGUUACUUAGUUAAUAGAUGUACAACAUUUGCUUGAAUUUUUAUGAAAUUUAAAUUGACGUAAAAAAAGUUCCAAAAAGAGAUAAAUACAAUUUUAAGAACAGAUAUGGUUAUUACAGUCAACAUUGGUAUCUGCAUUGGCUUUCUGAUUAUUUAAAGAGUAAGCUUGUGUCUCAAUAUGCAGGGAUGGCAAUGGAUUGAAACUUCACCAACUUGUUUGCUUAACAAUUUGACAUACGGUGCACAUAUUUCUUAACUUUGUUUUGCAUUUUUACAAAGUAAUGUUACUUCCUAGACGUAGCAGUUAGUAUCUCUGAGAAGUGUUUUAUGUAAGCUGAUAUCUUAGUAUCCACUGAUGGGAUUGACAGAAAUUUCACACACUUGCUCUCGGUUAUGAUAAUACACGCAGUAUGCAGAUCAAUUACUUAUGUUUUAGCAAAACCCUUUUACAAGUAAUAAAUUUUUGGUUUAUUAAUUGAAACUGCAGACACUUGUUUCCACCUCCUUUUUGACUUUCUUACAGUAUGUUCUCCUUUUCAACAUACUACAUUUUUGUGUGCACUUCGUUAUAUCAUAAAGUAUUUUAACUUUUGUAACUGAAAAUGUUUGCCCUUUUGCACUUUUUCAUUUCUUUUUUAAGUCACAAGGCUUUUGAAACAUUGUUGCCAUCCAUCAUAUCUUAUUAGCAGUAAAAAGUUUUGUCUUACUGAAGAAGCUAUAAUAUUUACAUUAACCUAUACCAUGCUAUAUUUCUAAAAUGGACUGGUCCAUCAUUCAAUUUGGGUAGUACCACUGAUCAUUCAAAGAGGUGUUUACUGAAAAUCUAUGCCUGAAUAGCAAACAGUGCAGACCAUGAUCAGGCCCGCCCACUUAGCUCAGUAGGUAGAGCGUCGGUCUACGGAUCGCAGGUCGUGACUUCAAUCCUCGGGUUAUGACUGAAGUACUGUUGAAAAACGGCGUUAAACCCGAAACAAACAAACAAAAGACCAUGAUCAGACUGCGUGGUUGUACAGAUUGAUAUUGAUCUUCACUGGUUGCAAAGGCAGAAUCACUUGCAGUCAGCAGGCAAAUUGUUAAAGGAUGUUUAGAACCACCUUAUAGUCUUUAGAAUAUUUCAUAACUAAAGUUGCAUCUACAUUAGCAAAAAUAAUUCAGAAUUUGAAGGAAAUCCUUUUACUGAAUUGGUGGCUCAAACAGGUUUGCCUAAGUUAGAUCUGCAUUGUUGUUUCAAGGCUUGUUGUUUCAACACAGUAUUUAUGGAGAUAACCUAGAGUAAAAUCUGGGUUUUAAUACUGAAUUGUAACAGAUGUAGGAAAUAAAUUUUAACUUUUGUGUUGACUGGCAGAAUAUCAAUGGUACAAGUUUCAGGUGGCUAACUCUCAUGUUCACAGAGUGCUCAGUACUUUAAGUCACAGUUAUAUUUUCAGUGCUGGAGAUAUUCUUUUGGAAUUGAUUAUUAUAUCCUGGUUUGAAAACCAACACAUAAGUAUUUUAGAAAUGUAUCUGUAAAUUAAAAAAAGAUACUUAAAAGAAUUAUAUGAAUAAAAACUGUUGUACUUCUUAUAGUAUUCUUUUCAAAAAAGAUUAUUUGUAAAAUUAUUGUUACCUGCCUUUUCCUGCUUUUGUUGCUUUUGACCUACAAAAUAUGUUACUGUUCUAAAUUUGUUAUUCACUGAUUUACCAUAUACAUGUAUGGUAAUGACAAUAUAAGAAAGUAUGAUUCUAACACAACCAGCAAAUAACCUACAUACAUGAAGAGCAAAAUCUUUCUCGGGUUAUUCUGCAAUAAACCACUCACGUGCAAUGACGUCAUCUGAUCCAGGUGUAGCAGUCGUAAAAAGUACUUACCAUUUUUUCUAACACUCUUGUACUAGUAUGUCGUGUUAGAAUCAAAAUAACAAGUUUUCAAGAGUGAUUUAUCAUAGAAUAACCCAAUUUUUUCGUUAAUAUGCAAAGUAAUAUAUCGCUCAGGUCUAUGGGCUUCGUGAUAUAUUCUUUCGCAUAAGAGCGAAAAACUCUGGUUAUUCUGCAAUAAACCACGUUUGGGAACUUAUUAUUUCUUAAUUAAAUCACUAUGCCCUAAAUGGCUUCCAUUUCAUUACAUAGAUAGUAUUCAAAUGGCUACAUCUUUUUUGUUUAUGGUCCAAUUUUCAAAGUAAAGGUAACAUAAAAGGUAAAAAAAUCAUUUUGUUAAAAAAAUAUGAAAAUAAUCAGCAUGAACAACAAAAUGGAAGCAAUUAUAUACUUGUUUGUCAAAGUUCAAACAUGUAAUCUUAAUACUAAAAUUUACUGUGAAAACAAUUUCAGAAUGGUGCAGACUGAGGUAGGGGAAGGAGUGGUGUGCAAUAUACAGCUCAGUGGUUGUGUUUUCGCAGAAAGAAGAAGCAUACUGACAGGUGGUGGGAAAGAAGACAAAGAUGUGAAACUAGAGUAUUACAUUACUGGACGUUUGGCAAGAGAAAAAGGAAUUAUCAGACUUCAAAAAUGAAAUCAUACAAGUUGAAGACAUCAUUUUGUACCUGACUUUAAGGAAUCAGUGUAGAAAUUCUCAAAAAAGGCUGGCAGUUCACCUCUGGAAUUACUGAAAUAAUAGAACAAAUACAUUUGUGUACAGGAUCAAAACAGUUGAUGGUAAAUGUAACCGAAGUGUGUAUUGAGACAGUAAAGCUAGCAUCUGUUUUGGAAAAUGGGUUUGUACACAAAACUGCAUGGAAAUGCUUUCGCUAAAAAAUGUACACAGUGAUGCUGAAACGUUGCGGAAGUGUGUAUAGAAACAAUAAAGCUAGCAUCCGUUUUUGAAAAUGGAUUUGUACAAAAAAUACACUAAAAUGCUUUAGUUAGGAAAAUGUACACGUUGAUGCUCAAAUGUUACUGAAGUGUGUAUUGAGACAAUAAAUCUAGCAUCUAUUUUUGAAAUGGGUUUGUAAACAGACAUGGAAAUGCUUUAGCAAGGAAAAUGUACUCGUUGAUACGCAAAUGUUACUGAAGUGUGUAUUGAGACAAUAAAAGUAACAAAGUUUUUUUAAAAUGGGUUUGCACACAAUACUAUAUGGAAAGGCUUCAGCAAAGAAAAUUUAUAUGUUGAUGCUAAAACGUAAAAGGUGUAUUGAGACAAUAAAGCUAACAUCAGUUUUUUUAAUGGGUUUAUACACAAAAAAUCCAUGGAAAUGCUUCAGCGGAGAAAAUUUCUGAGUUAGUGCUAAAAUCUUACCAAAUUUUAUAUUGUAACAAUAAAGCUAGCAUUCACUUUUGAAAAUGGGUUUGUAUGCAAAACUGCAUGUGUUGAUGCUUUAGCUUACAAAAUUUACAUAUAGUAUUAGUAAGUUCUAUGAACUUCUUAUCUUCUAUGGGACAAUAUUUUUUCAGUGAAAUACCUGUGUUAGAUACAGAGGAUAGUUGUUUGUUCUGAGUGAGUAUGGAAUAUAUCUUCAACUUUUAUAUCAGGUAAUCAAAGAUUAGAGAGAGAAUGUCUGUUCCAUGGUCUCAGUUGUGCCAUCAUUGUCACACCUAUUUAAAAAUGUUUACAGGCAAAUUAUAUAGCCAUUGCAUAAAUUCAAUUGAAUUUUCACAAAAAAUAAAUAGUUCAGCUUCCAGAAAAGCUAUGUAAAGACAGAAAGGAUCCAUAUCCUGUGCAGGGGCAGUGUCUAGAAGUUAAGAGAGAUAUAGUUCUGCUACCAAAAAAGCUAGGUAAUGACAUUCCAGAAAGGAUCCAUGUCCUGUGCAGGGGCAGUGUCUAGAAGUUAAGAGAGAUAUAGUUCUGCUAACAAAAAAGCUAGGUAAUGGUAUUCCAGAAAGAAUCCAUAUCCUGUGCAGGGGCAGUGUCUAGAAGUUAAGAGAGAUAUAGUUCUGCUACCAAAAAAGCUAGGUAAUGGCAUUCCAGAAAGGAUCCAUGUCCUGUGCAGGGGCAGUGUCUAGAAGUUAAGAGAGAUAUAGUUCUGCUACCAAAAAAUAGCUAGGUAAUGGCAUUCCAGAAAGAAUCCAUAUCCUGUGCAGGGGCAGUGUCUAGAAGUUAAGAGAGAUAUAGUUCUGCUACCAAAGAAUCUAGGUAAUGGCAUUCCAGAAAGGAUCCAUGUCCUGUGCAGGGGCAGUGUCUAGUAGUUAAGAGAGAUAUAGUUCUGCUACCAAAAAAGCUAGGUAAUGGCAUUCCAGAAAGGAUCCAUAUCCUGUGCAGGGGCAGUGUCUAGCAGUUAAGAGAGAGAUAGUUCUGCUACCAAAAGAAGCUAGGUAAUGGCAUUCCAGAAAGGAUCCAUAUCCUGUGCAGGGGCAGUUUCUAGUAGUUAAGAGAGAGAUAGUUCUGCUACCAAAAGAAGCUAGGUAAUGGCAUUCCAGAAAGGAUCCAUAUCCUGUGCAGGGGCAGUGUCUAGUAGAGAUAUAGUUCUGCUACCAAAACAGCUAGGUAAUGGCAUACCAGAAAGGAUCCAUAUCCUGUGCAGGGGCAGUGUCUAGCAGUUAAGAGAGAGAUAGUCAUGCAACCUAAAAAGCUAGGUAAUGGCAUUCCAGAAAGGAUCCAUAUCCUGUGCAGGGGCAGUGUCUAGUAGUUAAGAGAGACAUAGUUCUGCUACCAAAAAAAGCUAGGUAAUGGCAUUCCAGAAAGGAUCCAUAUCCUGUGCAGGGGCAGUGUCUAGUAGAGAUAUAGUUCUGCUACCAAAAAAGCUAGGUAAUGGCAUUCCAGAAAGGAUCCAUAUCCUGUGCAGGGGCAGUGUCUAGUAGUUAAGAGAGAGAUAGUCAUGCAACCUAAAAAGCUAGGUAAUGGCAUUCCAGAAAGAAUCAAUAUCCUGUGCAGGGGCAGUGUCUAGUAGUUAAGAGAGAGAUAGUCAUGCAACCUAAAAAACUAGACAAAGACAUUAUAGGAAUGAUCCAUAACAAGUAUUUUGAUUCUGGAUAGCGUUUUUUUCUUGUAUUGUCUAUGCAAUUGUAAUGUUAUGAAAAUAUGGAAGUAGUAUUAAAGACAAGUAAAGUCUUCAA